CUAUAUAUACGUGCGUCAUGUAGGAAGUUGUUACACUCUGGAGAUGUCAGAUGACACAAUACACCAUCAUGCCGACGGGCAUAGGCGACACUCUAGUUUUGUCGUUACAUGGCGACCCUGGCUAAUGAAUCCUGCAAAAUCUUCUCGAAGUUAGUCUUUGUCAACAACUAUAAUAUUAUGAAGGUGAUUCAACAAGUCAAUCAAAGCUAAACGGCUAUCAACUGCUGUGAAGUGUGUGAAGCAGCAAGUAUGAAUUUAAUUAAUAUAAUGAUGAACCUCCUCAACGGUAUGAACGGCGGCGGCCUCCGGUGGACAAACGUUGGCAAGAAUUUUUAUGAAAAACAGAAAUAAUUAUAUGAACAAAAGAACUUGAAAAUCAAAUAUUUGAAAAGCUGCGAGAACGACCCAGCCGACCGAACAGUCGAGUCAUCCGUGAGAAGAAUGACAUGGAAGUGGUACACUUCUACUGCGUGGCGACUCAUUAUAUUAACAAAAGUUAUAUACCUGCUAUAUAAUACAUGAAAUCAGCAAAAUUUAGUUGUUAACCAUAUCUGGAACGCAAUUGAAAACAUACAUUAUUCGCCUCAACAACAACGAAAAAGAAAAAAAAACAAAUUGGGGUAGAUGACACUGAAUUUUAAUCGCACAAUUGCCGCAAGCAAUAUCAUUUCAUUUAUCAUCAAUACAUCAUCUGCAAAUCAUCCAUCUGAUUAUCAAUUAUCUUAUAUACCCAACGAUCCAUGAAUAUCAGAUAUUAUAGAUAAACAAAAACAAACGGUAAAAGAAAAGAUUAUCUUUGAACUGACAAAAGUGAUGAAACGUGUGAAAAAGUUAAUUUUUUUAUCCAUUGCCCAGAAGGUGCAUUAAUUUUUCUAUUCUUUCGUACCGAGUUGAUGCGCUAUAGUUGAUUAAGUUAAAUAAGAAAUGUGAUAAUUUUUUGUGAGAAAUGUCUAAAAAAUUGAAUUUUAUGAUAUUAUGUUGAUUUAUAUAACUCUUUAAUGUGUUCCUUGAUUAUCGCUGUGAUAUUCAGCUGUUUGUUAUUAAUAAUUUUUUUUUAAUGUGGCGUGUUAAGAUACUCUGAAUAAGGAAUGAAAAAAAGAAACUCUUUUCGGCAUUAUGUAUGUACUAUGCUUAAGUAUCUAUCUGUAGCUGUUAUUUGUGUUUUUAAGUUUCUAAAAAAAAGAAAAGAAAAAACAACAGUUCAAGCGAUUGUAAUAGUGUCAAUAAUUGAUGUCGUUUCUAUCCGACUUUGUAUUGCGUGAUAAUGUUCAAAAUUAUCAAUUUUUGAUGUGUUCUGUUACGGUAUUGUUUUAUUGCAGUGUUUUUUUUUAUAUUGUAAAGACGCUCAGGAGCGCGUCUGAUCUGAGUGGGAGGGUGUGCCGAUAUUGAUGGCACGCUUCGAUGAUUCUCCUUCCUUCUCUUUCUGUUCUCUUUCCAUUGUUCUAAUGUAUCUCUCUCCUAUAUAUACGUGCGUCAUGUAUGAAGUUGUUACACUCUAGAGAUGCCAGAUGACACAGUACACCAUCAUGCCGACGGGCAUAGGCGACACUCUCUAGUUUUGUCGUUACACUCUGGAUAACUUGAAGUAGCCUAAUAAACAUCUUUGCCGAGAGUGGCACAAGCUACUCUAAUCAAGUUGUUCGUUACAAUUACAUUUAAGAUUUCUAAUCAAGUGUUAAAAGUUUCAAAAAAAAUAAUGCAUAAUGAACAAUUACAAGAGAAUUUAUUUUAUUUGCUGAAUAUGGCAAAUGAUGACCAAUAUAUAUAAAAUAAACUACAUGAUAUACUCGAAUGAGAAGAGACUAGUCUCAGUAUAAUAACAUAUUUUCCCUCAAUUGUAAUUAGGUAUUAUUUAUUAUUCUUCUUGAAGGACAAAAUGGUAAAAAAUGAUGCGUACAAUCGAAUAAUGAAAAUAUACAGGACAAAUUAUUAAUGCUUGCUACUGAUUGAGGAGGCACGCAAUUUGAGCUCCACUCAGCAGUCAUCAAAUGUUUAAUUUUAAAUAGUUAAUCGAUUUUGCGGUGAAAUAUUACCUAAAAAUCAGAUGAGUACUUGCUUUGUCUUUGCUUGUCAUUAUUGUAAUCGUUAUAUAAUCAAUGUUAUUAAUUAUAGAAAACAGCUACUCCGCCAUCGUGUAUAUAUCUGUUAUACAAAAAAUAAGAAACGAAAUGUUCAAAAAUAGUACACUAAUGCUAAGGAUAGAGUUAUAAGUAAAAUGCUAUCGCAUGACGGAAUUUCAAUGAUUACGCUAUCAAUGAAAAAGAGAAUUUCAUAUAAUUUUACUUCCGACAUUCUUUCACUCCUAAUGAAUGUCUCUCUUCGUUCAUGAUGAAGGCGAAUAUUAUCGUUGAUGAUUGUAAUUUAUACGAAGGAAAUAUUUUAGUUUAAAAAAGGAUUUCGAUCAAAUAAAACAAUACAGCCAAGAAAAAAGUCCAUAAGUGAUAUAAUGAGAGAAAACAACAAGUUAUAAUUUAUAAUUAUCAGAAAAUUAUUUGUUUUAUGAUUGAAUAUGUGUAUAGUUGAUCAGUUUUUUUUCUGCGUUGAUAUUACCGAAACUAGUAAAAAAAUAAAAAAUGAGAAAUAAUUUUAAUCACUGUGAAUAUCAACAGUAAUAUGACCAUAAUAUGAAAGAAAUCGAAAAGAUCUCAUCAAAACCUAUUGCCUUUUAUCACUCGUAGCAUUAAAAUGUGAUAUUACGAUUAGAAUCCAUGGAGCUAUCUUUCACUUGAUCUUUGAGAUCUCAAAAGUAAUUUAUUCAUCCGCUACAAUUAAUUAAUACUCAGUGAGAAACAAAGCAAUUGAUUUGUCGACGACCUGAUUGUAGUACUCAUUUAUAUGUCAAUGUCUCUUCAAUAUUUUCUUUAUUAUUGUUGUCAUAUCAUUGUAAACUCAUUUUAAAAUACCUUAAUGGAGCUGUAAGAACAUUUUUGUUGAGAAAUCAAGAUUUUCUUUUUGAAAUAGUUGAAGAAUUCUACAAAACUGUCAUUGAAAAUAAAAUAAACUUGUCAGUUUUGGAAUGAAAUAUUGGCUACUAUGUAUUCAACUAUUUUCUUAUCUAUUACGAACUAUGAAUGGGAGUUGAUUAGGUAUGGUUAUGAAUUUAGACGUUGCUGAAUAACAGAUUCCUACUUAAAACCUAAAGACCACUGUAAGAUCAUGUGUUACACGUGUUCUAUGGCACCUUUUAAAAUAAAACUUUCUACUGAAAAAACAUUUCCUGUAAAAUAAAACAUAAAACAACUAAGCCCAACUAUUUUAUCAACUAUCCCUGCAGCAUAUUUAUGUUUUCUGAUUAUGGAUGUGAGUGUGAGUGUCUGUCUUCUUUCACCCACAUUCAUCCUCAAGAUUCGUAAGAAUUAACAUUUAUGAUAUAAACAAUUGGAAAAACUUGAAGAAUAAUACAAUAGUUAUAUAUAUAAAUAAUUCCAUGAUGAAAUUAGAAUAUAUAAACUAGAACCAAUUAAAACAAUAUUUCAUUGAUGAAUCUCAAAUCAAGCAUUAUUGUCAUGGUAGCGGAGGAUGGGGUGUGGGUGUGGGAAUGCGUGAAAGAAGAUAUACACCGACACACCCUUAUUACAAAGGCAAUUCUUGGUUUAGCACAAACAAUUAAUUAUCAAUCUGCCUGGUAGUAGUAAAGCGUAUAUCAAAUAUAAUUCUUUCUUGUAUGACUCAAGUUGUCUUUCGUUCCGUUGAAGGGAUGCUUAGAUUUUAUUUAUUCAGUUCUACGACAUGCAACAUAUUUGAUUCAAAUCGAUAUGCUGAAGUAGCUAUGACAUACUAAUAUGCAAUCAAAUGUUAGAUAGUUGAUUAUAGUUGUCUACAAUGUGAAUAGUGAACGUUCAGAUGCUGGAUGAAAAAAUGUGCAUUAAAAGAAUUAAAUAUGCAACAUACUAUUUACUUUCAAUUUGGCAUUAUAGAUGAUACAUGACUUUGAUUUUUAUUCCGUAUCUUUCCAAACAGCUAUUUCGAGAAUUUAUUCUAAUAAAACAUCGGUUAUUCAAAUAUUACAAUAUAUCAUCAUCCAAUAAUUCAUGUACAGAAACAUACGAAAUUUUUUAUUUGAUCAUUUAGUUUAAUAAAUUCAUUGACUAUCUUGAUCCACGACCUGAAUAUAUCCGUGUCAUUAUUAUUGAAUGGCCAACAAAAUCUUUAAUUCCAGUAGCACACAUUGUUUCAACAGAUAUUCAAUGUAGUUUACUCAGUGCUCGACGUUGUGAAAAUUUUGAUGAUUAUUGCCAACAAGUUGAUUGA